AUGGGCAAAAUUGUUUCUCUAUGGCUGGUGCUGCUCCUGAUGUGCUGCCUGCCUUCAGGGAGACCUUGUUUGCAUUGUGACAACAGGAUCCAUCGACUGCACAAGGACUUCCUAUUGUCUGUGUCUGCAAGUGUUGAGGAGCAGAUAGAGUUAAAAAAUAUCAUGGACAAUGGUUAUGCCUCCUACAAGGAGACCAGUGAAAAACUAAGGGGAGUCAUAGACCCCACCACCCUCUACAGAGCCAGCACAGAGUUUCAGAGUGAAUUUAAUCAUUUCCAGAACUCUCAGCACAAAGAUACUCUGAGGUUUGAGACCAUCCAGAUUAUGGAGAAAGGCAGGAAAAUUCUGGAGAAACACUUGAAGACAUUUGUACGGGAUGGCCUCUGCCCUAACAAGUGUGGGUUGUUGUAUCAGAGAUUGAUGGAUUGCAGCUCUUGCCAAUACAAGCUUCAAACCUGCCUUUCUCCCACAUUCCAGAAAGACUGUGGGGUGUUCCUUGUGCAGGCUGAACAGGGGGGCCAGGCAGUUCUGGACUGUUUCCUGCCCUGGCAUAGUCUGACUGUGGGGAGGGCAGAGUACCACUACUCCUGGAACCCCCAGAUAUCAGCUGAUGACAAUAUGGCAGAAGGAGACCUCCAGACUCUAGUGGUGACGGAGGACUCUUCUGUGGUUCUGAAUCAACUGCACCUCAGUGAGCGGGGGAUGUACCACUGCCUCCUGCUGGACAGGAAUGGAACUGUCCUCUCUAAAACACGCUUCCUGCUUUCAGAGAAUAAAGAGGAUAUGUGCAAAAUAGUGAUCCAGGAAGCAGCAUCUUUGGAAUCCAGAGGACCUCCUGCAGCUGAAAUGAACACCAUCACUAAUAGUGAUGAAUCAGAAGAGGAGUUCUUUGUGUUUGGGAAUAGUAUCAGAGAUAAAGGGACAGCGGAGGAAGAGUGCCCCAGUUGA